UUGCUCCCCUGCCAUGACAUCGGUGAUGCUGCAGAGUCAGUGCGGGGUUGCUGCUGACGCGGCUGCUGCUUUUGAUGCUGUUGCGGGAGCUGGCACUGGAAGGUGCAGUGGCUGCUGCUGCUGAAGCGGUUGCUGCGGCUGCUGCUGAUGCGGUUGCUGCUGCCGCUGCUAUAGUGGUUGCUGCUCACGUGGCUGCUGUUGUCGCGGUGGCUGCUGACAUGACAAUGGAAGGUACUGUGGGUGCUGCUGCUGCCGCUGCUGAAGCGGUUGCUGCUCACGUGGCAGCUGCUGCACUGGAAGGUGCUCUGGGUGCUGCAGUGGUUGAUGUGGGUGCUGCAGCUGCUGUUGAAGCGGUUGCUGCUCACGAGGCUACUGUUGUCGUGGUGGCUGCUGACGUGGCAGGUGCGGACGAAACACCUGCUGACUUUGURUCGUGCAGCUUCUUAGAUUUCCGUUUCGGCCUCAGCAACCUGGCUUGUGAUUAAUUUAARAGUAAAUUAUCGGUUUUUAG